UGCAAGAGUGGAGAGCGGCAGCAUGAAGUCCACUUUCCAGCUUCUUGCACUUGUUCUGUCUCACUGACCCACUGGAGUCAUUGCAGCCAUGGGGAGAACACUGACAUCUUUUUACCUCCUUCCUUUCUUCAUUUUCACUGACGUAUCUGGUUUAAAGAUCCGAAACAAGCUGCUGGGCACAUGCCUUCAAGUACAGGAUGGUUCCCCUGGAGGGAGAGUGUCCCUGGGACAAUGCGACUCACAUUCAGUCUUACAAGAAUGGCUGUGGCUGUGGCUACCUGGCAGCCAGGCUCUCACCAACCAAUACUCGGGAGAGUGUCUGACUGCGCCUGGGGAGCAGUUUGAGGGUGUCCACCUGCAACCCUGCCAUAUUCUAAAUGAAGAGGGUGCUGGCCACUUAGCACAAGCAUCAGAGGUGGACAGUGAUGCAGGCAGCCAGCAUUGGUCUUGUUCCAGGAAAGGUCACCUGACUUUGGUCGGGAAGGGGCUGCACCUUAGUGCUACACAAGAAUCCAGUUUGGUCUUCCUAUCGCGGGAACAUAAACAGCAGGGCAGCAGGUGGAGGACGCUGGACAACCAGACACUCUGUGUUGGCAGGGACACCAAACACCUUCAGCAUCACCACCACCACCAAAACCACCAACCGCACGACCCUUUGGUUGAAGAUACAUUUAGUGUUGGAGUCACAGAAGAAUUUCCAGUGAAAGAUGUGUUUGAUGUUUUUUCCCAAAGCACAAAGCCCCCUGAGGAUCCUACUAUGGUUUUCUUCACCAUGGACUAUGGCAUGGCCUGGAAAAUAACCAUGUUGGUUUUAAGCUCUUUGGCUCUUGUCCUUGGAAUGAUCAUUCUUAUUUUCAAUGUUUACUCCAACAGAAGGAAGAAGGUGGUGUGCGUUUUGAAGUCGUACACUCCGAGGCCAGAGGCGGGCAUUCCGGGGUCCCCGGUGCCCUGUGAGAGAGCCCCGCUAAUGGAGCAUGCCAUGCGCCACCCGCUCGCCUCCCCUACUAUGCAGCGAGGAGAAAUCCUGAUUGAAUGGAAAGAUGGCACCGUGACUCCACUGUAUGAGGUCUAAAGGUUGUAGUUUUAGUACACACUAUACUGUAUUUUAUGUAAGGAAACAAAGCUAAGACUGGAGUUUUAUUAUGUUUUUGUCUAUAUUUGAGGCGAGUGGAAUUGUGUUCGGAAAGUCGCCCACUGCUUCUACAAGCUAAUGGUUUAAGUGCAGCCACCACAGUAGAAAACAGUAACAUCACAUUGGGCCCCACCAAUUGGAUGCCACAAAGUAAGGAAUGUUUUACUUUUCUAGGGCCCCUGUCAGUCGUGGGACCUUUGAAUCGUCAUCUCCUUUUCCCCUUCACAGCGUUUACUUUUUUUGGGGUGUGGUCGAAUGCAGGACGAGAUGUUCAGCUGAUUGCUGGAGCAAAAUAGUUGUCGUUUUAAUGAAUUCUAACCUGCGUUUAGCGAAUGAAAGUGACUUUUUUCUCAAACUUAGCAAUCCAACUGUAGUCACUAGUUACCCACUGUAUAAAGGUAGAAUCAUGUAAUACUUACCUCAAUUACUAUUGCAAGUUCACUGUGUUGUGGUGAGUAGUGUACAGUAUUAAAGUCAUUUUGGUGGCAAAGGCAAAUCCAGUCACAGAGUCCUCGACAUCUGCCUACUGCAAAGAUUUUGAAUAUUAAUGUUUAACAUCAACUAAAAUGUGUGAAUCUGAGAAAAUUCUCCUUUAGUCCAUUGCAUGAGAAGGGAAAGGGAACACGAUAUGAUUAUGAUAGAUUAAGCAUUUUGAUAUGUUUUAAGAGUGUGAGUUAAGAUUAAAACAAGCUUUAAAUAAUGUUGCUUGCAUUAGCCUAAUGGUAUGUCCGCUCCUGGUUGUGGUGCUUGAAAACGUUUUCUCCACUUUAUCUAAUAAAAAGUACUGUAGUUCAGUUUUACAUUUAGUUUGCAUGUUAUCAGUUUUAUAGCUUA